AUGAGGGAGGGAGAUGCCGAUGGUGCGCCUCCCAACGCCCACCGCAACAAGAGGCGGCAGCAGCCGCUGGAGCAGCCGCCAGUUCAAAAACAGCAGCAUGAAAAACAGCAGCCGAAUGGAAGGCAGCAGCAAGACCAACAGGGUCUGGCGUUGAAUGCCGAUAUGAGGGACUCUUUGCAUGGAGAAGCUGCGUUAUGGCCUUCUCCGUCUUGUCCUGGCAUUUCCUCCCAGAGCAGUAUGCCAUCAGGUGCUGCUGCUGCCUCUGAUACCGUUGCUGCAGCUUCUGCUGCUGCAGGUGUGUCUAGCAAUUCCAACUCUCCUUCACGUAGCACAGCGUCUAGGGAAGCCUUGCAGCUCCUCCCCCUGUUCUGCGAGGACUGCGGACAACAGGAUCCCGUGCCGAGCACAGUUCAAGCUGCCGCUAGUCAUGAGGAGGAUGACGACGCAGAAGAAGCGGCAGCUGCAGCAACUAGUUCUGCUGCUGCUGAUUCAACAGCUCUAUGUGUGUCAACUGAUCUGCGAGGAGUUGUAGGGGGCCUGGUGAAUUGGUUUGGGGCUGGAUGGGUGGCAGACAGGUUUAGCGUGCUGAUGCGCGAUAGCCUCCAGAGCAUGAUGAUGCUGCUGCUUCGGCUGCAACGCCAGCAGCUUCUGCGCCGUUUCUGUCCAGACCUAAUGGAACGAUAUACGCACGCUUUAAGCGAGGGCAGACUCAGAGCCGAAAGACAUAGUGUGCGUACAGGUGACGGUUACGAGAUCCACUUCUACCGCCUGCGCAGAGUCACUCGUUGUUGCUGCAUAGACAGCUGUGGGUGCGAGGUGCUGCGAGGGACUGCAGCAUCAGCAGCAACAGGAGGAGCAGCAGCCACACCCACACCAGCAACAUUUGCAGCCUUCCCCGCCAGCAGGUCUGCAACCAACGAAUUAUGUGACUCUGGGCCACCGCCAGCAAUGGCGGGAAGUAGCAGCAGUAACAGCAGCAGUCUGGAUGGGGACUGCAGGGGGCAGGUGUUUGUGUUUGUGCAUGGGCUGUUGGAGUCCUCUUUGAACUGGAUUACCGGUGGCUUUCUUUCUCUCCCGUUCAUCGUUGCCGAAAGAGGAGGUGAGGUUUGGCUGGUGAAUAGCAGAGGAAAUGAAUACACACGGAAGCUCAGCACACCUAGCCAACAGCAACUGCAGAAGCAGCAGCAACAACAGGAUACGUCCGAUAGGCCGCCUGUUGAGCUGCAGGCAGACGAUAACCGUCCCGCUUACUCUUUGGCAACCCUGCACGCCUUCAUUGAGGAGCAACAGCAAAACUUUCUCACAGCUCGGGCGCAGCAGCAAACCUUGCGACGUCACGACGAACAGCAGCACCGGCAGCAGCAGCAACAACAAUACAAUAUGGAGGGGGAAUGCUGCUCCCUCGUGUGCUGCCACUGCAGCGGCCUGACGUCUUUUCCAUCCAUUCGAGGGAAGCCCCAAGAACAACAAAAACAGCUAUUAAAAAAUGCGUGCAUGCAAGCCUCCGCGUUGCUGCUGAACAUGCACUUGGGGGGCCAGAACCCUGAGGGUUUUGUUACCGUCAAUCACCAACAGGAACAGCAACAGCGGCCGAAGCAACCGAGGCAGCAGCAACAGCAACAGUUCGAGCGGGUGCUGUCUGAGUCUGAACUUUCGACCGCAUUGUCUUCUGCUGGUAGAGCUUUCGCGGAGAGCGAUGCAAGUGUACAUACACCCCCGCAACCAACAGCAGCCGCAGUUACAGAGGGAACGGCAGCAACACCAGCAGCAACACCAGCCGCAGUCGUGGGUUGCGUUUCUAGAUGUCUCAGCAACGACAGUAUGCUGCAUGCACUGUGCAACUGUGGGACUGUGGGGGAUAUUUGCUCUUGCGGGGGUGCAUGCGCAUGCACUGCUAUGGACAGCCACGAAGAGGACGUGCAGCCGGUGGUGGGAGCUGCUGCUGCACCAGGUAACUGCGGUGCAGGAAGACAGCACCAUACGGAUGCUGCUGCAUCUGCAUGCGGAAACGCCAGUGUCCCCCGCAGGGACUUGAGGCGGUCUGUCUGUGGCUGUGGCGCACAAGAGUGCACCAGCAGCAACAGCAACAACAACACCAACAGGAGGUGGCUUCCCCGGAUUUGCAGGGGCUUUAGCAGCAGCUGCCCUCCUUUUGUUUUUUCGGAUGAUUUGGCUUCCGGCCUGUGGUCGUUUCAAGAUAUGGCUUUCUUUGACCUCCCUGCGCAACUUCAAUACAUAGUGCAGCACUCACAAACCCUCGCCAGACGCCGAGAGGCUAUGCUGGCUGCUCCUCCGGGUGGCAGAAGCAGCAGCGGAGGGAACGCGUUUGGCUGUGGGGUGGUUGCUGUGGGCCAGUCGCAAGGGGCUGCGCAGCUGCUGAUAGCUCUUUCUUCUUCUCCUUCUUUGGGUUUGCUGCUGCAGCGUUCAGUUCUGUUCUCUCCGCCUUUGAUUUUGCAGCCGCUGCAGCAGCUACCGUACUCUGCUCGGGUGUUGCUGCUACUAGGUAUGCAACACCCUACGCUGCUGCUGCAGGCUCUGAAGCUCUUUGUUAGGUUUAUACCGAAGCGGCUGCUGAGUACAGCAGGCAAUGCAAUUGUGGGCUCAGGGAGGAGGGGGGGCAUGCGCUUCUACAACACUCCUCUGCAGCAGCAGCAACUCUUCCUCAACUUUGCCCAUACGCCUUCUGGUAAACCCGCAAAUCCUGCUGUUGCUGCUGUUGCCGCUGAUGCUGCCGAAGCUGUGGGCGGUACAUCACGGCAGAAUUUUGUGCAUUGGAUGCAGCAGCUGAACAGCGGCGAGCCUUUGUCUUCUUUGUCUGCUCCCCCUUCGUCGUCUGCGUCUUCGCCUCCAUACUAUACCCCUCCUGGAGGGGAAUUCACCAGCUCAUCGGGGGUGGGAGAGCGGCUUGAGAGCACAACUCCUCAGCAUAACGAACAGCAGCAGCAGCAGAGGCAGCAGCAGCAGUUGCAACAGCACGAGAAGCAACAGGACUGUGCUGCGCUGCCAGGCAUAAAAAUCGUUCAGGGCCGCUAUCCGCUGGAGAGUAUCACCAGCCAUCUGUAUGCAUUCCUCGGGGCGCACGACAACCUUGUGCAAGCAGAGGCGAGUGCAGAGUAUUUGAAACGAUGCAUAAAGAAGGAGAAGCUUCAUUUGCAGGUCGUUGAGGGUUUUGGUCACCUGGACUUUGGCUGGGGGAAAGACAGGGCUGAGGACUUGUACCCGCAACUCCUGGGGCUGGUCACAGCUUGCACGGCCACCUCCUGUUGCACAUGCAAAGCAGAAAUGGGAAAAUGGUAG